CACUUGACUGAACUUGGGUGUGACUAUGCAGGAGACAGAGCUGCAGACGUCCAUCCGGGCAGCAUGCCGGUUCUUUGAUAACAUGGUCGACAUGUUCCCGCCGAACGCGUACCUCGACAGCAGCGAGUAUCCCGGAGUGGCCAAGCCGCGGGUGGCUCAGAUGCUGCCGGGCGUGUGUGACUGGCAGACGGCGCGGUAUCUGGCGAUGAAGGCCAAGAGCGGAGAGGGCGAGGAGGAGGGUCAGACAUCAGGAGGCAAUGGUGCUGGCAUGGCGUCCGAGGCGUUGCUCAACAACGACGACGACUUUGAGCCGCCCACCAAGAAGCGCAAGCAGCGCGAUCUGUCGCGCGAGAAGCGCGAUCGCGAGGCCAAGAAGAAGAAGCUUCGCGAGGCCGGCCUCCCGACCAAGGCCAAGAAGAAGAAGAAGGAGAAGAAGAAGGAGAAGAAGGAGAAGAAGGCUGCCUCGGAAUCCGCCGCCGCCGGCAGCGGCAGCGGCUCGGGCGAUGCCGAGGCCGCUGGCCAGCCCGUCGCCAUGGACGUGGAGCGGCUGGCGAGCGAGGCCCGUGAGGCGACGGCCUCGGGCGAGCUCGCCUUUUCCAACUUUGACUUUAAGUCGGAUGCCUCUUUGCUGCAGCCGCUGGUGGCCGGCAAGAAGGUCAACAAGCGCAAGCUGCUCGAGCAGGCCGAGCGGGCCGAGGCCGAGAAGGCCCGCCUGCUGAAAGAGGGCGGCGCCAAGGGCAAGGCCAUCGUCGAGGACAUGGAGUGGCAGAAGACGCUCAAGCGUGUGCAGGGCGUCAAGAUUAAGGACAACCCCAAGCUGCUGCGCAAGUCCAUCAAGCGCGACCAGAAGAAGAAGGCAAAGUCCGCCAAGGAAUGGGCCGAACGCAAGGCCGUCGUCGAGAAGGCUGCCCGCGACAAGCAGGCCAAGCGUACCGAGAACCUCGCCGCCCGCGCCGCCAACAAGAAGGGCGGCCGCGGGAGCAAGAAGCUCUCGCGCCAUUCCAAGCGCCGCUGA